AUCCGGUUCAUCUGCCUCAGAUACUACGAUGGCUGUCAUGCUGUAGCACAUGCCAUUGAUAUACAAAACAGAUUCGGUCCUCCUCUCCUUACCCCAGAUGUUCAACAUCUCACCAACAGACAUGACUCUCUCAAAAGCCUCUCAGCGAUAGAGAUAAGACAUAGCUAUGAAGGAUGGGAUCAAAGGAGGAGGGAGAGCCCGUGGAGA